CAUCAAACUCUUAUGUAUCCGAAUGUUGAGUCUUCAUCGUAUCCGACAGCGAACAUCUAGAUACUCAAGGCCAGCGUCCUCCUUAAAUAGCUCCUCUCUAGGAGCAUGACUCCAAUACGGGAAUGCCGCCGUUAACCUCGUAUCGUCCGACCGAGCCUCCAGAUUCCCCCGUAAACGAUUCCGACUCAGAUGUCGAUCUGGAUCUAGAAGAACUAGAUCCUAGCGCCUCACCACAUAUUCAAUCGUCUCGGCUCCUAGGAGACAGCCGCGGCUCUGAGCAACGAGUGCCGCGGAUCGCAUUGCGGAAUAUUCGCAUGGGCGGUUUGAGACGAGUUGGGAAUCGAGGUCGUGGCUAUGGCGAGCUUGGUCGUAGUCGAGAUGGGAGUAGUGAUGCUGUCGGCUUACUAGAAGACGAUGUGCACGAACAGCGGUACUCUGAUGGAAGCGGCCAUGCCGGGGAUGAGGCACCUCUGCUAGACGAAUAUGCACCUCGACCUCAGAGACGCUCUUUCGCCAACGAUAGACUCCAAAACCUAGCCCAUAUUGGCUCGUCCUUGAGAUUACCUAGCUUCAUGUCGAGCACCAGCGCCAACCGUCAGGAUGAUGAUGGAAUUACUGACAACAAAGAAGACGACCCGUCAACCUCACGAAUCAUUGCCGUCGGCGCUUCUCAACCUACACGCUACCCACCUAAUCUCGUUUCCAAUGCCAAAUAUACAGCGUUCACAUUUCUGCCCGUCACCUUGUACAAUGAAUUCUCGUUUUUCUUCAAUAUGUAUUUCCUACUGGUUGCAUUAUCGCAGGCCAUCCCAGCCCUAAGGAUAGGCUAUUUAACUACCUACAUUGCUCCGCUUGCUUUUGUUCUCGUCAUCACAAUGGGAAAAGAGGCAUAUGAUGAUAUAGAGCGACGUCGAAGGGACAAUGAGGCCAAUUCUGAAGAGUAUGCAGUGCUUCACUUCGGGGAACCGGAGCUUCAGAAUAUGGGGCUACGCCCAUCUAAGAACCUCAAGUCGGCGACAUUGCGGAAGGCGAGUCGUAAAUCCUUAACUCAGAGGGAUCGCUUGUCAGACAUACAGGAGGAGGAGGAGCAAGCAGAGGCCCAAGGCCGAAGCCGCCCGUCGUCACUUGUCCAAGAAAUUGGCAAGAAGUCUCGAGAUCUCAAGGUUGGCGACGUUCUAAAGCUCGGUAAAGGUCAACGUGUACCUGCGGAUGUCGUCAUUUUGAAAUGCUCGAUGCCGGAAGGCACGCAAGCCCAAAUGGUAACCCCCGAAAAUUCAGGGUCUAAAUUGCUGAUUGAUUCUUCCGAAAGUAUUAUAAAUGAGAACAGUUCUUCCUCACAUAAAAGCAAAGACUCUGAAUCAAGUAGCUCUCAUGCUUCUGGAGAGGCCUUCAUCAGGACAGAUCAACUUGAUGGCGAAACGGAUUGGAAAUUGCGGUUGGCGUCUCCUCUCACCCAAGCUUUACCCGUAGAGGAGUUUGUCCGCGUUCGGGUUACAGGCGGGAAACCCGACAAGCGGGUCAACGAAUUCGUUGGCAAGAUCGAAUUGAUGACAACAGAACCCGAAGUCCGACAUGAUCGAUCUAACGAAAGCAGUCUAGGCGACAGAAGCAACUCCGCCCCGUUGUCCAUCGACAAUACUGCUUGGGCUAACACUGUUAUUGCCUCUCAAGCGACAACAAUGGCGGUCAUCGUUUAUACGGGACCACAAACACGAUCAGCCCUUUCAACGUCAUUAUCACGGUCCAAAACGGGCUUGUUGGAAUACGAGAUUAAUUCUCUUACAAAGAUACUCUGUGCCCUCACUUUAGCAUUGUCGGUCGUGUUAGUAGCCUUGGAAGGAUUUGGCAACACUGAAGGUGAUAUCUGGUAUGUGAAGAUUAUGCGAUUCCUUGUACUAUUCUCCACUAUCGUCCCAAUUAGUCUACGAGUCAACCUCGACCUUGGGAAGAGCGUCUAUUCGUGGUUCAUACAGCGAGACCCCGGCAUUCCAGGUGCUGUCGUUCGAACAAGCACAAUCCCGGAAGAUCUCGGGCGUAUCGAAUACCUACUUAGCGACAAGACGGGCACACUCACUCAAAACGAAAUGGAAAUGAAAAAAAUCCACGUGGGCACUGUUUCCUACGCCAAUGAGGCCAUGGACGAGGUAGUGGUUUAUAUCAAGCACGGUUUCGUUGGGGCGCCAAAUGAGAAAGCCCUGGUCACACCAUCGUCAUCUUAUAGCACAACAGCUGGUGUCACUGCGACGAGGACACGGCGAGAGAUUGGAUCUAGAGUUAGAGACGUCGUCCUAGCCCUAGCUCUCUGCCACAACGUAAUUCCCACCAUCGAAGAAGAAGAUGGCCGAACCCACACUUCGUACCAGGCCUCUUCGCCAGAUGAGAUAGCCAUCGUACGAUGGACCGAGUCCGUUGGUCUCCGUCUAGCAUAUCGAGACAGGAAGAGGAUGGUGCUUGAAUCGACAGAAACGGGGAAGACCGUGGUACAAGUUGAAAUUCUAGAUAUCUUCCCUUUUACUUCUGACGGUAAACGUAUGGGUAUAAUUGUUCGGUUCCACGAGCAGGCGGCAUCCUCUCCCCUCGAACUAGAUAAUGGAGAAAUAUGGUUCUAUCAGAAGGGCGCAGACACGGUUAUGGGGUCUAUUGUAGCUGCGAACGACUGGCUAGACGAAGAAACCGCGAACAUGGCACGGGAAGGUUUGAGGACUCUAGUAGUCGGGCGUAAAAAAUUGUCUUAUGAACAGUAUCAAGACUUCUCAAACAACUACCAGGAAGCUUCUCUAGCGAUUAGUGGUCGCGAUGCUGGAAUGCAGCGUGUGGUGGCGGAGUUUCUUGAGCACGAUCUCGAGUUACUAGGGGUCACUGGCGUGGAAGACAAACUGCAGAGGGAUGUGAAACCAUCCCUAGAACUACUUCGCAACGCCGGCAUCAAGAUUUGGAUGUUGACAGGAGACAAAGUCGAGACAGCACGAUGCGUCGCUGUCAGUUCGAAACUCGUUGCGCGAGGACAGUAUAUCUACACUGUCGCGAAGCUAAAGCAUAAGGAUAACGCUCAAGACCAUCUCGACUUUCUUAGAAGCAAAACAGACUCCUGUUUGCUGAUCGAUGGCGAAAGCUUAAUGCUUUAUCUAACACAUUUCAGAGUUGACUUCAUUUCAGUCGCUGUACAACUUCCAACUGUUGUUGCCUGUAGAUGUUCACCCACGCAGAAAGCCGAUAUUGCGAGGUUAAUCAAGGAGUUUACUAAGAAGCGGGUUUGUUGUAUUGGUGACGGCGGAAAUGACGUCUCAAUGAUUCAGGCCGCGGAUGUUGGUGUUGGUAUUGUUGGCAAGGAAGGUCGCCAGGCCAGUCUCGCGGCAGAUUUCUCUAUCGAGCAGUUCUGCCACCUCACGAAGCUGCUAGUGUGGCAUGGUCGAAAUAGCUAUAAGCGGAGUGCCAAGCUCGCCCAGUUUGUAAUUCACCGUGGACUCAUUAUUGCUGUUUGCCAGACCAUGUACAGUAUUGCCAUUAAGUUCGAGCCUGAAGGCUUGUAUAAGGAUUGGCUGCUCGUGGGAUACGCCACCGUUUACACGGCGGCACCCGUGCUAUCUCUCGUGCUCGACAAGGAUGUCGACGAAAAUCUUGCGAAUCUGUACCCCGAGUUGUAUAAAGAACUAACGUCGGGUCGUUCCCUAUCUUACCGCACCUUUUUCGUCUGGGUUUUGGUGUCGAUAUAUCAAGGCGGCAUGAUUCAAGGUUUAUCCCAAAUUCUCACUGAGGUAGAUGGAACGAGGAUGGUGGCCGUCAGUUACACGGUUCUCGUACUCAAUGAGCUUCUGAUGGUGGCUAUUGAGAUUACGACUUGGCAUCCAGUCAUGAUCAUGUGUAUCGUUGGAACCUUUCUAUUUUAUAUCGGAUCGAUGCCAUUCCUCAGUGGAUACUUCGAUCUCGAUUUUAUUAUCAGUUGGGGUUUUCUCUGGCGAGUACUCGCCAUCGGUUCAAUCUCAUUGAUACCGCCGUAUGCUGGAAAGUUGAUAAGGAGAACAAUGAAACCUCCGUCGUAUAGAAAGGUCCGAGGCAUUUAAAGCUACGUCUUGAGGAACGAUGCGCAUUUUCUAGCUUGGCGCCGGGUGGGAUUCGGACCAUUUCUUCAUACAUACAACCACAAUUAGCUAGGCGUAUGUUAAGUAGUCGCUCCGCGGCCGCUUAUACCAUCGUGAUGGUUUAGUUGUGCUUACAUAUUUAUACUUAGCUUAGCCACGUCGAUAAGGAACAGUCCAUUGAUAUCCG